UCAGGUUCAAAAUGGUGGACGAAGACAAGGAUUUUCCCAAGCCAAAAAGAGCUAAGAAAGAGCCACGUAAAUAUCCUAAAAUGCCAAUAUGGAUAUGCGAAAAUCACGAUGAAGUCCUCUACUAUAUUCAUAGAGCUAUUGCAUCAAAGCAUAUCGCAUACGAAGGAGUUACUGUCCUUCAUUUUGACUCUCACCCUGAUCUCACAGUUCCCGUGAAGAUGAAGGGCCGCACCGUGUUUGAGCAAGAAAAACUCUACGAAGAGAUUAGUAUUGCGGACUGGAUUCUUCCUGCUGUCUUUGCAGGACAUAUAAAUAAGGUUAUCUGGGUCAAACCACCGUGGUCAGAUCAAAUCAAAGAAGGUGUAUUUCACUUGAAGGUUGGCCAACACAAGGAAACUGGCUUUAUUAGGGUGACAUGUCCAGAGACAUAUUUUGUGGAAGAGCUACUUUAUGCAGAUGAAGCAUCACUAGAAAACUGCAAAGAUUUGGAACUUGUUGUAUUUACUCUUGAACCUGGUUCAAAAGAAAUCAAGGAACACACUGCUGCCCUGGAGAAAGAAAACAAAGUCUCUAAGGCAUUAGAUGUGGAGAAUAAUGAAAAUAAAGUUGCCAAAGUGAGGGAUCAUAAACAGAGCAAAGAUGCAUUUGAAUCAUUACUUCCAUCAGGCAAAUCAACUGCUCUUGAAAAUAGCUUUAUACUUGAUAUAGACAUGGACUUUUUUUCAACCCAAAACCCUUUCAAGCUGCUUUACACAGACGAAGAGUUCCUGUGGCUCAGAGAUAUUUAUAGAUUUGAAGAACCUCUCUCAACAAGUAGGGAGGAUUUAGAGAGCUGUGUAACAUUACGGAAAGCUCAAGUGGAAAAAAUUGAGGCAACUUAUUCAUAUCUGCAACAUCAAUCUUCUCCUGGCAGUGAGGAGAAAUUAUGUAUUGAAACAUCACCUGAAUGUUGUCUGAACCAAGAUUUGGUUAAGCUAAUAGAAAUGAUCAAAAGUCACAAAAGAGAGGAGCCCAAUUAUGAAAUGCUGCACUUUUCUGGGAUGUCAGCAGAUAUUCCUCAUCAUGUGAGUUCUUCAGAAAUGAUUGACAGUCUGAUGCAAUCUAUGGCAGCCAUGUUGAAAUGUUUUCCAAAGCCAACCUUCAUCACUAUGGCUAGGGCCACUGUUCUACUCUCUCCUCCCCUGCCCACUCAGAAAUUUGGUAGCAAUACUUCUACUCCAUUCAUGUUGCUCUCUGUUUCUCCUGACCAGUGGAUGUCUUGCUAAGCAUAUUGAAGGGAACAAAAGGUUACAAGUGAGAAAUGGGAUAUCAAAAAAAUAAAAACCUCCUCUGCCUUUUCCAACUUUAAUUGCUCACCCUCCCUUAAAGAAAUCAUCUGGUAAGACUGUAAUGGAGCUAAGUGUAAAUUCUAGGCAAGAAUAAUCUUAGCAGAUAUGAUAGGUCGAUCUCGUCUCAGACUUAUAGACUUGUACUUUUCAUUGGCUCGGUUCUCAGAUGGUCUUAGGAGAGAAGAUAGAGAACGAAAAGGCAGCCUCAUACCCCAAUAGUAUCAGAAUUACUUUAACACUGCCAUUUCAUGUUUUUCUUAUUCUCUGGAAAGGCUUCAGAAAUCUUUGUUAACUGUUUUUUAUCUAUAAAUUUACAGUUAACAAGGUUUAC